UGUUCGCUACAGUGACUUUUUUGUGAUAAAUCAUCGUGUUAACAAGUGGCGCGUUGUUUCCGUAUGUAUAAGUGACAAAAGAUAAACUUGCCGUAAGAUUUCUGGAGGAAAAAACUAGUACGUAUACUCUCUCGGAGUAGCAAGUAGUGCGAUUAUUACGUGUAUGUGCCGGCGUCUAGAAUAUACGUUUGUGCUGUCGCGUAAUCGGUGUUCUGAUCAUAACAACGAUCUGCCGUGUUAGUUACAAAGAGUAUUCGCAACGUUUAUGUUUUCUUACUUGUUACUAUCCACAUUAAAACUAGCUAUGCAAGAAAGGGAUAAAUCGGUAACUGGCUGGUGGCAGCCAUUUUCCAGAUGAGUUUUCCCCUUUCUUUCGAUAAGCAAAAUGCGCUAUGCCGUGAAAGAGAAAGAAAGAGGUAGUUAGUUAGAGCAAAAAGGAAAGAAACAAAAACUAAGUAGGAGGAAGAAACGGUGUUUUACUAUGUUUUACAAGAUUCAACGAAGCUAGGAGUUUAUUUAAAAAUUGCAAGACAGAUAAAAGUGCAUCGAAAGUGCAUAUACCUGACAAAUAUAUUUGUGAUGUGAUAAUAGAACAAAUGGGAUGUCAGUGUAAUAAUGUUGUGCCAACUUUACAGAUGGAUAAACAGGGAUGACUGAUAACUGUUGGAAUUCUGGUGGUGGCGCUGGCGUCAAGAUGGAGCACUUUCAGGCCACCCUGGACCCAAGGAAGCAGGAGUUAUUGGAGGCCCGCUUUCUCGGAGCACGGAUGUCUGCUGGGUCACAAAUUCAGAUGGCACCUCAAUCAACUGUAAACUCUGGUCAGUCAGUUCAUAGUCAAGACUCGAACAUGAGCACUGGCUCAUCACAUAGUGAUAAGGAGGUAGAUCCAAAUACUCCAGAAAAGGUACCAAGAACUCCUUCGGAAAGGAAAAGGAAACGUAAAGCUGAUGAUGGAGGUGGGGGAGUUACUGGGGGACCUAUAGGAAGCAAGGGGUCUAGAUCUGUUGCUGCUCUUGAAAAUAAAAAAAUAAACGAGUAUUUUUCAAAGCAUCAUUUGGGUAAUAGCCCCAUUCGGCAUGGGGGUGCUAAAAGUCCUUCACCUCAACAGGGAUAUCCUAUGUAUCCACCAUCGCCUCAACAACUCCUUUCACCACAAGUAACAACACCCAAUUCUUCAGUGGCAGAAUUUUCUUCACUGAUGCAGCCGCCAAGACCUCAUCCUCAACCUCCACCUCCUCCUCCACCAGCCUCAACACAACCUGCAGGCUCGAUGGUCAGCAAGCAGGUGCAGGUAAGGCCUACCAACCUCAGUAGGACAAGCCAGGUCAGGCAAGCGAAGACUAACACCCCAAAUACAGAACUUACUUGCCAGAGGAUACAAGAAUUUGAAACUCAAGCCUCUUCAGACUUAGAAUUACGUAACAAUAAAAUUGAUGAAUUAAAUAGAACAACUGAUGAACUUAGGCAUCAAAUGGCUAAUCAACAAAAAUUAAUUGAACAGCACAAAUCUCAUAUAAAUAAGUGUAUAGAUGUUGUAAAGAAGCUAUUAAAAGAAAAAUCAAACAUAGAAAAAAAGGAGGCUAGGCAAAAGUGUAUGCAAAAUAGACUGAGGUUGGGUCAAUUCGUAACUCAAAGGGUGGGUGCAACGUUUCAAGAAAAUUGGACGGAUGGUUAUGCGUUUCAAGAAUUAGCUCGACGGCAAGAAGAAAUCGCAACUGAACGAGAAGAAAUUGAUAAACAAAAAAAGCUAUUACUCAAAAAAAGGCCAUCGAACAGUGAAACUGGUAGGAAACGUAGUCAGCCUCAACCUUCUUUGCAUAAUGGCACAGAAGCUACAUUCUUAAAGCCAGAUGCAGUACCUGGAUCUUAUACAUGGCAAGAGUAUUAUGAAGCUGAUGAAAUACUCAAGUUAAGACAAAGUGCGUUGAAAAAAGAAGACGCUGAUCUGCAAUUAGAAAUGGAAAAACUCGAAAGAGAACGAAACUUGCACAUUAGAGAACUGAAACGUAUUCACAACGAGGACCAAUCGAGAUUCAAUUCUCAUCCUGUAUUGAAUGAACGUUACCUUUUAUUAAUGUUGUUAGGAAAAGGUGGCUUCAGCGAAGUGCAUAAGGCAUUUGACUUAAAAGAGCAACGAUAUGUCGCUUGUAAAGUGCAUCAACUAAAUAAAGACUGGAAAGAAGAUAAGAAAGCUAAUUAUAUUAAGCAUGCGUUACGAGAAUACAAUAUACAUAAAGCUCUUGAUCAUCCUCGUGUUGUGAAAUUGUAUGAUGUGUUUGAAAUUGACGCCAAUUCUUUUUGUACUGUCUUGGAAUAUUGUGAUGGCCAUGAUUUAGAUUUUUAUCUUAAGCAGCAUAAGACUAUACCUGAAAGAGAAGCAAGAUCUAUUGUUAUGCAAGUUGUAUCUGCAUUAAAGUACCUCAAUGAAAUAAAACCCCCAGUCAUACAUUAUGAUUUAAAGCCUGGUAAUAUAUUAUUAACUGAAGGUAAUGUUUGUGGUGAAAUAAAGAUAACAGAUUUUGGGUUAAGUAAAGUAAUGGAUGAGGAAAAUUAUAAUCCAGACCAUGGAAUGGAUUUAACAUCUCAAGGAGCUGGUACCUAUUGGUACCUACCACCAGAGUGUUUUGUUAUUGGUAAAAAUCCUCCAAAAAUAUCAUCGAAAGUUGAUGUUUGGAGUGUAGGAGUUAUAUUUUAUCAGUGUCUAUAUGGCAAAAAGCCUUUUGGACAUAAUCAAUCGCAAGCUACAAUUUUAGAAGAGAAUACAAUUUUGAAAGCCACUGAAGUUCAAUUUGCAAAUAAACCAACUGUUAGCAACGAAGCAAAGAGUUUCAUAAGAAGUUGCCUAGCAUAUAGGAAAGAAGAGCGCAUAGAUGUGUUGACAUUAGCUAGACAUGAAUAUCUACAACCUCCAGUGCCAAAACAUGGCCGUCAAGCGAAUAAUCAGCAACAACAGCAACAACAACAACAGAUUCAGCAGCAGCAACAAACCUCAUUUAGUAUUGGCAUGUUUAGUGGUAUGAACGCGUCAAGCAGUUCGUAGUGGAAAAAAACUAAAGACAAAAUCUUCGAUAUACUAAUACAUGCCAAAUCUUGAACAUUGAAUUGCACACCAUCUCAUCUUAGGAACAUAGCGGUUGCUAUAACGAAUUGUAAAUACUAAAAACCGGAUAAUAUCACCAUCACCAAUGCCACGAUUACCACUACCACUACCACUCCACUACCACUACCGCCAUCACUACCACUUCCACCACACCUUUACAACUAUACUUACAGGCCAACUACAUAGGACAUUGCAAGAGAGAUGCGAGACUGGUCGCCGCAAGUCCAGAAGCUUGCGUCUUUCUACAAUACAAGCUACAUUAUUCAGCAUGACAAAAAUGUUGUGUUCGUAAAUAUUCAAUUGUAUUAUCGUUCCUUGUAUCAAACAGUGGGCUGACUUGAUAAUAGUGUUUAAAAAGAAAUGAGAGAAACAGAUAAACAUGUGAUAAGUCAUUGUGAAUUAAAGUGAAGUUCAAAUUAAGAAGAAAAGGAAACAAAGGAAUAUAGCGACGGAAAUAAUUACAAGUGAAAAUUACUCGGUGAAAAUAAAGAGAGCAACGGAAGAUAAAAUAUCCGAGGCAAAGCGCGUCAAAGCAGUGUAGAGGGACUUUGCUUUUACGGAGACGUUCCUCUCUUCUGAAGUUACGUAUGGAUGAAUGAGUGUGACGAAAGAUUGUUAAAACUAGUGUGCGUGUAUAUAUUUAUACUAUAUAUAUAUAUACUAAUAAAUCCGAUAUAAUAUAUAUAUAUGGUGUAAAGAACAGGACAGCAUUGACAGUGGAAAGACAACUGUGGUGGAUCCUCGCAUGACCUCCGUGCAGCCAAGUAUUCCAUGAAUAUUUGACUGCACAUCAUGUUACUUUAUUCAAAUAUUAACAUUAUUACUUAUAUCAUGACUAAUAACGAUUAACAUACACACACGAGGAGAUUUGGUUGGUUGUUCCUAUUCUGAAAUGAGUGGGCUUAUCUACACCGGAUUGAUUGGUCUAAGGUUCGAAUGCAAAGAAAGUAAAAGAAUCGCGAUGCUCCCAAAUAAAAAAGAACAUACAGAAUCGCAGUCCACGGUUUAUAUGCUCCAUGCACAUGUACAUUUUUAAUCCAUGAUUUUCUAAUAGAGUGAUUCAUUUUUUUCUAGAGUGGACUUCGGCGCGAUAAUUAUGAUCAUACAUUUUCGUGAUAUAUAACAAUUCUUAUAAUCAGGCAUUAAAAAUUUUUAAAGUAAGAUUCAUGAUACUGUACCGACCUGGUUGCUAUUUCUUUAUUCAUAAUUUGUUUUAUAUAUGUACGUUAUAUAUAGAUAAUUAUGAAAUAGAAGAUUAAGUUAUUUUAUCAAGUGCCCUUGCUUUGUAUUAUAGUCGCGUCUGUCGACAACCUGCAGCUUUUGGGAGUACUAGAAAGUUGUUAAAAUGUUGUAAGUUGUUGGUACAAUGUGGGCACGGUAUUGGUUGAUAAAUCAAUACCAACGUGAUUGGCAAAGAAUGGUCAGAGGAGAAUACAUUACAAGUCUGAACAGAGUCUACUACUA